UAACCCAUAGAUCAUGUGCAUCUCGUGUGAACAAACACUGUGCUAUGAGUUCAUGUGCUGUGUGUGGUUCUCAGGUGCUGUUGAUGUACGAGUUCCAUCAGCAGUUGCCGAGAAGGGGUCAGUCACUUUAUCGUGCAUCACCGAUGAGACUGUGAUUCGAUGGACGAAAGGACCGAGUCAGACUGUAAUACAUAGUGGCAGGCUUAGACUCCGUAGUGAGAGCAAGGAGUUGUAUAUUCUCAAAGUACAAAAAUCAGACGAAGGCACCUACUAUUGUUACACCAAGAACACAAAUGGCAUCAUACAUAGUCACCAUGGUAGAAUGCAUGUGAUUGUUCCACCGACUGUUCGUGCACACGGUGCGUUUGCACUCGAAGGCAAGAGUGUCAAUCUUCGCUGCACUGGAUCUAACUUUUUUACUGUUUCGUGGAGGUUUGAUGGUGUGGAGUUGUAUGGAAAGUCGACUUCUAGAUACUCAUUUGAUGGUGACAGUGGAGAGAGUCUGACGAUAUUGAAUGUGACAAAGGCAGAUAAUGGAACAUACAAUUGUUUGGCCUCAAACAUGCUAUUCACUGUAUCUGCAUAUGCAAAUCUUAAUGUCCAUUAUCCUCCCACCAUUGUUUCUCCUCCAGUCAAUCAGACAGUACAGAGUGGCCACGAUGCUUACUUUCACUGCACUGUAACCGGCUUUCCACAACCCUUCGUAUCAUGGACAUACAACGAUGCAAAUCUUGACUUAAUCAGCAACAAAUAUAUAAUACACCAUGCAGGCCUCUCACAUAAAUUAACAAUAAAAAACGUGAAAAAUACAGAAAGUGGCAAGUACUCGUGUCUGGCCACCAACAAAUAUGCAUUGGGAAAAGCUUCAGCCCGACUGAAUCUCACAGCUCUGAGUACAGACGAUGCAAUGAAGAGUUCACCAGAUUCUGAGAUAGUUGUACUCUCGAGUAAUGUCACUCUAUUGUGUGCAGCAAGUCAAGGACGAGUCGAGUGGAGAAAGAAUCAGCGUAUCAUUGACUUUUCGGUUAAUCCCAGUAUAUCGCAACUCGACAGUGGAGCAAUGUUGAUUUCAAAUAUGGAAUACAACGACAGUGGAGUGUAUGAGUGCUUGAUGACUGAUGGUAGUGACACCGUUGUGGCUCGUCGGGAAAUCUUGGUAACAGUUGAAGGACCUCCUGCAGCUCCAAUAAUUGAUUAUGUCAUGGCUGUCAAUCAGUCUUACGUACAUGUGGAGUGGUCAACAUCCUUGCUUGCUGGCCUGUCGCCUGUUAGGUGCAAAGUUGGUGUUAAGUGCGGCAACCAAUCAGAGUGGAGAAAUACAUCUCUUCCAGUGUUGCAACAUUCUGCAACUGUGGGUUGUCAAGGUGCAUUGGAGUUGUGCUAUGUUGUCGUAGUGACAGUGAAUAAUCAUGGAGAAGGGGAGUCUGAUAUUCGACAGCUACACAUGGACAUGGGCAAUACAAACUAUCCAAGCACACAAUAUGAAGCAAGCAGCUGGAAGAUCACUCAUGAUGAUGCAUCAACAGCCAAGACUCUUGUAAAUAUUGAUAUCAAUAAGAGUGAAAAAUUGCAUGCUGCCAAAUCAGUAGACAUCGGGCCUGUCGUUGGACUGUCUCUGGCAAUUGGUUUGAUUAUGUCCGGAGUGAUUGUAGUGGUGGUCGUUGUUUAUGUCAGAAGAAAGAAGGGUGAUACCAAGCAAGCUGCAGGAAACUCUGAAGUGCAGAUCGAGCUGCCAGAGGCAACAGCAAUGAGACACACUGGUGAUCAUGAUGCUGUCAUGGUAGACAACAGUCAACAAAGGGGGAAGUGGCUGGCUGGACCCUCGAGCCUAACUUACGAUUGACUGUAAUGUGGAAGUUCUUGAGUUGAAAUUGAAAUUUGUGAGCUUUGAGAAUGUGUAAAAG